GAAGAAUUUUCGGCCUAUCACAUCUCUUAUUUCGUCGGAAAGUCUCGAACACCGACAUCCGAUUGAGAGUUCCAAAACUUCGCAAUGACGUCGAUGCCGAUAUUCAUCACUGCAUGCUUAGCACAGCUUGCGCUCACCUGUCGGUAGCGUUACGGUCAGAUUAUAUGUGGACCUGAUAACGGUGUUGAGAUCCACACUGACCGCUAACAGCAGCAUGCCAAACAGGACAGUGUGCCUUGGAGGCCGAGUAUCAGCCUGCUGGCGAUGAACAAAAGGCGCAUAGCUCCCCAUCUUCUCCGCAUAGACAAGCCUCAACACUUCCUCAACCGUCAACAAUAUGUCAGGCUACUACGGUCCUUCGUUCUCCAGACCGGCUUCGAGGCCUGGCUCGCUGGCUGCGUCGAGGGCCAACUCAAUGAUCCAGUCCCGAAACAAUUCUUUCGUAGCAUCCAGAAACAACUCCUUCACUGCAGCAAGCACACCCGUCACACCACGGGCUCGCUCAACCGCCGCCACCACACCGCAAGCCUAUCUGUCCAGAACCAACAGCAAGGAUGAUGACGAAGCCUAUACUCCAGACCACAACUCAGAGGUUCUUCGCAAUGAAAAGGGCGAGCUCAUGAUCGGGAGGGUCGUCGGUGGAAAGCACGUCAGUGAAGAGAACAACGACAUCGAUGCGGACUGCGGUCCCAUAAAGACUGUCGACAUUGAUAUGCCCCUGACUCUCACCGAGACAGUCAAGCACAACGACAAGGAGUACAUUGUCCUCACCUUCGCGACCGGCGACAAGGAGAACCCAUUCAACUGGAAUCCCUGGUACAAGCGUUCCAUCACAACCCUCCUGAAUCUGAUGACGCUGUUUAUCGGUCUUGCGACAACAGCCUACUCUUCAGGUAUCAACAGUAUGUGUGAGGAGUUCAAUGUCGGCAGUAUUCAGGGCCAGUGGGGUCUGUUUACCUUCAACAUGGCUUGUGCUGUUGCGCCCAUGGUCCUCGCUCCCUUCUGCGAACUUGUUGGUCGUAAAAUCGUUUACGCGUCCGCCUACCUCUGCUUCUCCCUACUGUUCAUCGGUCUUGCGCUGGCUCCCAACAUCAACACGAUCAUCGGUCUGCGUCUCCUGCUCGGUUUGUUUGGCUGCGUCGGCACCAUCCUCGUCGGCGGCACAUUCGACGACAUGUACCCAGCCCACAAGCGUGGCCGCCCGAUGGCCAUGUUCAGUUUCGUAGCCAUCUUCGGCACCGUCUCCGCGCCUAUCUACGCCGGGUUCAUUGACCAGGCCAUUGGCUGGCGCUGGAUUGAAGGUGUCCAGGGCAUUGGUAACGUGCCACUGCUCAUCGCCAUCUUCUUCUUCUUCCCUGAGACCCGUGGCGGCGUCUGCCUCCACAAGCGCGCCCUUGCCCUCCGCAAAGCCACAGGCGACGACCGCUACGUCGCCGAAGACGACAUCUACACGCCCGAUGUCAAAUCCAUGCUCAAAGCCUCCUCCGUCAAAGCGAUCCGCAUGCUCGUCACCGAGCCCGUCGUCUUCGCCUUCGGCCUGUGGAUCGCCUUCUGCUGGGCCGUGGUCUUCCUGUUCCUCUCCGUCAUCCCCAUCACCUUCACCGAGAAGCGCGGCUGGAACGAAGGCGUCGCCGGCCUGCCCUACAUCUCCCUCGCCAUCGGCACCUUCCUCGGCUGGGCCGCACACCACCUGCAGAUGCGCAAAUACAACGCCCUGCAAGCCGACCCCACCGUGCAAGUCGUCCCCGAGCACCGCCUCUACGGCGCCAUGUUCGGCGCCGUCUGGCUCCCCAUCGGCCUGUUCAUCUACAGCUUCACGCAGUACGGCUACGUGCACUGGAUCGCGCCCGUCAUCGGCCUGGCGCCCAUCGCCUUCGGUAUCUUCUUCGUCUUCGAGAGCACGUACUCGUACACGGCGGAUUGCUACGGCGAGUCGUCGUCGUCGGCGAUCGCGGGGCAGGGACUGAUGCGUAAUACGCUGGGCGCCGUGACGCCGUUGUUCGCGAGUGCGUUUUUCCACAACGUCGGGAGUCAGUACGCAGGUUUGAUUCUGGCGCUGUUUGGCACGCUGUUGAGUCUGAUUCCGUUUGUCAUGUUCAAGUAUGGACAUCAGUUGCGCGCGAGGAGUAAGCUGGCGCAAGACUUUGGCGGCAAGUGAGGGCUUUAGGGACAUUGCAAAGCUUGUAUUAUUUAUUAUCGGUGGUCCUGUUGGAAAAUACCAUUGUAAUAUCACCAUAUCCAUU